CUCAAGUCUAGCAGGCAACAUCAUGAGCACUAUUUUCUUGUAGAUAGUAAAUUACCUGACUGAUUACUGACAAUCUGGAUUUUGGAUUUUGUGGGCUGCCAUGGAGUGCAGUGGCAAGGUGACGCCCCAGCUGAUGAUCACAGUAGGGACAGCUGUGAUUGGCUCGCUUCAGUUUGGCUACAACACUGGUGUCAUCAAUGCUCCUCAAAAUAUCAUUGAGAGCUUCUACAAUGAGACAUGGAGCAGCAGGUUUUCAGAGCCCAUCCCUCAGACCACUCUAACAGCUCUGUGGUCUCUCUCUGUGGCCAUCUUCUCUGUGGGAGGAAUGUUUGGCUCCUUUUCUGUCGGUCUCUUUGUUAACCGCUUUGGCAGGAGGAACUCCAUGCUCAUGGCCAAUGUGCUUGCAUUCAUUUCUGCAAUAUUUAUGGGGUUCUCCAAAUUGGCUGCUUCCUUUGAGAUGCUCAUUAUUGGACGUUUAAUUGUGGGUCUCUAUUCUGGCCUGUCCACUGGUUUUGUGCCCAUGUACAUUGAGGAAAUCUCACCCACAUCUCUCCGGGGAGCAUUAGGAACGCUGCAUCAGCUUGGUGUAGUGAUCGGCAUUCUCAUGGCACAGAUUUUUGGGCUUGAAUCCAUCAUGGGGAAUUCAUCCCUAUGGCCCCUCCUACUGGGUUUUACUCUGCUACCAUCUGUGCUGCAAUGUGUCCUGCUGCCUCUCUGUCCUGAGAGCCCCCGAUACCUCCUCAUCAACUGCAACGAGGAGAGCAAAGCCCGCAGCGUCCUAAUUAAACUACGGGGUACUGAUGAGGUGAGUGAGGAAAUGGAGGAGAUGAAGGAGGAGAGCCAGCAGAUGAUGAAGGAAAAGAAGGUGACCAUCCCUGAACUUUUCCGCUCCCCUGUGUACCGCCAGCCCAUCUUUGUUGCCAUCAUGCUGCAGUUGUCACAGCAACUGUCUGGUAUCAAUGCUGUGUUUUACUACUCAACUAUGAUCUUUGAGCGAGCAGGUGUGUCCCAGCCUGUCUAUGCAACUAUUGGCACAGGAGUGGUCAACACUGCAUUCACAGUUGUUUCUUUGUUUGUGGUGGAGCGUAUGGGCAGGAGACCCCUUCACCUCAUUGGUCUGAUGGGAAUGGCUGUUUCAGCAGUUUUUCUAACUGUGGCCAUGGCAUUGUUGGACCAGCUAAAGUGGAUGUCUUACAUUAGCAUUGUGGCCAUCUUCAGUUUUGUAGCUUUUUUUGAAAUUGGCCCUGGCCCCAUCCCAUGGUUUAUUGUGGCUGAACUCUUCAGCCAAGGGCCCCGUCCUGCUGCCAUUGCAGUUGCUGGUUUCUCCAAUUGGUCUGCGAACUUCUUAGUGGGGAUGUGCUUCCAGUACAUUGAGCAACUCUGUGGCCCCUACGUCUUCAUCAUCUUCACCAUCUUGCUGCUCGGCUUCUUCGUCUUCACCUACUUCAAGGUUCCAGAAACUAAGGGCUGCACUUUUGAUGAGAUUGCAGCGGGCUUCCGCCAGACUGCAGGUCAGGGAUCUGACAAGUACUCAGCCCCAGAAGAAUUCAACACCCUCAGGGGGGAUGACCCUGAUCUUUGAAAGUUUGUACAUGUAGGGAGCUCUGUUUUCCAUGUUUUAAAUAUUUCAUCCAUUAAUGUUAGAGCCAGUAAUCCACACUGUAAGGGCUUUCACACAGACUUACCGUGGGCUUGAUCUGUAGCACAGCAAAUUCUUGGUCACUAGUAAAAAUGACAUCCCAGUAGGCUUUCAAAAUGAACCAAGUGUCAUUUUGUGGCAGAAAAAAGCAAGGUUAAGUAUAUGGAAUCAUUAUAUACAAUCUUCUCCUUAUUAAUCACAGGAAAUAAAGUUUUGAACCUUUUUUUUUCCCCACACGUCUUUUUCAGUUUUGGAGUUAAUGAUAUAAGACAUUGGAUGGAUUGUUUCAUGUUUGAUAGGUGACAGAAAAUCUUGGUUGUGUGCUUUUUUAUAUAUAUUUGAUUUUGUUUAAUAAUUAAGACUUUAGUCAAACGUAAUAUGUUAGACAUAUGCUACAAAUGUGUUUACAAGUGUGUCAUACAGAAAAAACUUGUAACCCAUGAAAUUUAACAAAGUUUAAUAAUUGAUUUUUUGUCUUUCUGAGUUAUUAAACUAAUA